UGCUGCUGCUAUCCCAUCUAAUGGUGACUCCCCCUCCAACUGUUGCAUGCAGCCAGCCUGCUUUCAUUCAUAAAAUCAGUGACCAGCAGGCGCCUGCGCCUUGGACUACGCACAGGCCCUCCCUAUCGCCCCACCAGUUCGGCUGGUACGUAGCCUUUUGCGCCAAAAUUAAAAUCACAUUGCUUCAGUACGUUUUCGCACGUUCAUUAAUGCAGUCGUGCCCGGAUGCCAACGGAUGCUGCCAUUGAGCGCUGUUCCGAUUAGUCGCUUUAAAAAUGUGAAUUAUAAUAUGUACGCGUCUAAUUACCGAGUCGAAAACAAUGCCUAGUUGGCGCUGGCACCGUGUGCUGGUGGUGGUGGUGUGGCUUUGGUGUCUUUUAAGCUGUUGCCAUGGCUGGACAGAGGCUGCGAGUGCGACUGAGGUGCUUGUGGUCAUUGCCUGUCCGCCGCUGCCCCGUCGCUUGCUGGAUGAAUGUUUUGCGUUGUCGGACAGUUUGCGGGAGCAGCAGCAACAACUGGCGGGGCUCAUCCCCGGGGAUUAUGUCCUCAGGUUCCACAUAAUGCAUGAGCUAUUCAAUUAUUGGACAUUGCUGGACGCAUUGCCAGGCGAGACACGUUUGCUAACUGCGCGCACGGAAUGGAUUAUUUGGUGUCAACACAACACGCAUGUGGCCUCGCUGCGUGGCCUCCUGCAGCAGCUACACAGCCAGGACCCAACGGAGGCUGCCUACUACGGCCAUGCCUUGUACGACACGGAGGCCACGAUUGUGCAUCAUUUUGCACACUACAAGAAUCCCAGAUGGUUCCCGUAUCCCCUGCUCAGUGCCGGCGUUGUUUUCACAGGUGUUCUGCUGCGCAGGCUGGCGGAACUUGUUGCUCUUAAUGCCCAGAAUGGCAACCGGCACAGUGAGUUCGCCAUAGACGCCUCCCAUGAGCUGGCCCGCUUUAUAUUCGACAACUUCACACCUGACACACCCAAGCCAGGACCGAAGAGCGACCCCGUAGAUGGCGAAACCUUGGAGCGGAAAAUCAUUUUGAAAAGUGCUGCCUACAUUUGUCCCACUGCAGCAGGGCCGUUGCAUUCCCCCGAGACGGGAAUGGGCACGGGCACGGGCACAAGGAAGCCUGUGCCUUGUAUGCUUUAUGCAAAGCCAGAGAUGUUUGCUGUCCUGCCAUCGACUUUGGGGAAUCGGAAUCGGGUGCAAGGGCAGGUGGAGGUGCAGCAGGUGCAGGUGCAAACAACAGGAUCGCACAUCUAUUUUGCAAUCAAGACCUGUGCAAAAUUCCAUAAGGAACGUAUACCAAUCAUCGAACGCACCUGGGCGACCGACGCCCGGCACCGUAGAUACUACAGCGAUGUGGCAGACGUCGGCAUACCGACAAUCAGCACUGGGAUACCCAAUGUUCAGACUGGACAUUGUGCCAAAACAUUGGCAAUUUUACAAUUAUCCCUCAAGGAUAUCAGCGCACAAAAGGAGACACACAUACGCUGGCUCAUGCUCGUCGAUGAUGAUACGCUGCUUAGCGUGCCACGAGUGAGCGCCCUGCUGAAUGGCUACAAUCACACGGAGCACAUCUAUCUGGGGGAACGCUACGGGUAUCGUUUGUACGCCUCAGAUGGCUUCAACUACCACACGGGAGGAGCCGGAAUUGUGCUCAGCCUGACCCUGGUGCGGCUCGUCCUCGAGCACUGCAGUUGUCCGAGUGCCAACGCCCCGGACGACAUGAUACUGGGCUACUGCCUGCAGGCGCUCGGAGUGGUGGCCUUGCCAGCCGCCGGGCUGCAUCAGGCCAGGCCUCAGGACUACGCCAGCGAGCUGCUGCACCUUCAGCCGCCCAUUUCCUUUCACAAGUAUUGGAACACGCAGCCCGAGCACACGUAUCGCAGAUGGCUGGGCGGCUCCAGCGGCGGCAAUCAGACUGUGCCGCAGGCCACUGGCAAAGAACGUGCGACAGUGGCUGCUGCUGCUGCUGCUGCUGCACCACUGCCCCUGCUUGGAGGACGACUGCAGCUGCCAGGUCUUCCCACUGGCCUGGCAACGGCAGAGAAGCAUUUGGAUCUCUAGUCUGCUGCUGCUGCUGCUGCUGCUGAGACAUCCUUCGAGCCCCAUGAUGAGAUCCAGUCUGAAGACUGAAGCAAAAGAUGAAUAAAAUUAAUCUUUCGGAUCGAGUCCCUUCAGCAAUGCCCACAGCGGCAAUUAUAAUAAUAUUAUUUUUAGAACAUAAUGAAUUGAAUGUAAUCCUAUCUGCAAUUAAAAUUUAAGAAAUACAA